AACAUGCGCUCUCAAUAGAUCCGGUACAGCUGUUUUGGGACUUGUUAUCGUCGCCAAAAGACAUUUUUGCAUUGUGUAACAUUCUAACAUUUCGUCUGUUCUGGUUUUAAACUGAAAUCGAGAAUGUUUGGGUUUGGACACAUGUUUCCUGAAGUGGGCCGGACUUUUCAAACAACAUACAGAUGUUAUUCAGUGUCCAUGCUUGGGGAUCGGGAGGAUGUGGAACGUGGUGGCAAGAUUAUUAUGCCACCAUCUGCCCUGGAUCAACUAACUCGUCUCAACAUUCAGUAUCCAAUGUUAUUUAAACUUGUGAACAAGAAACACAACCGAGAAACCCACUGCGGAGUCCUGGAGUUCGUAGCAGAUGAGGGAAGAAUAUAUAUUCCAUACUGGAUGAUGCGUAAUUUACUGCUUGAUGAAGGUGGUCUUGUCCAAAUAGAUAACGUCUCACUUUCUGUAGCAACGUUUGCCAAGUUUCAACCGCAGUGUGUUGAUUUUCUCGAUAUUACCAAUCCAAAAGCUGUCUUGGAAAAUGCAUUGAGAAACUUUGCCUGUCUUACUGCUGGAGAUGUAAUAGCUAUCAAGUACAAUGACAAGAUUUACGAGUUGUGUGUUUUGGAAACAAAACCAGGAACAGCUGUUUCAAUCAUCGAAUGCGACAUGAAUGUUGACUUUGCUCCUCCAGUAGGUUAUCAGGAGCCUAAAAGACAACGACCACAUGAUGCAUCAGAUCUGGAAACUGAUAGUGCAAUGGCUUUAGAUGACGAGGAUAAUACAGAUUUCAGGGCAUUCAGUGGCCAGGGCAACAGACUGGAUGGCAAGAAGAAGGGAACAGAUGCUCAAUCAUCUGUGGCAGAUGGCUCCGUUCAAAAAAGAGGCAUUCCAAACUACAACUAUAAGAAAGGGACGAUAACCUUCAUCAGAACAUCACGACCUGUAGCCAAUGGCAAUGUUGAGGACAAAGAUGAAAAAUUUGAAGCAUUUUGUGGAAAAGGUGAAUCAUUAAGAAAGAAAGGAAGAAACUGAUAAAGGACUAUUUUUAAGAUCUGCAAAGUUGUGUAGUUACAAUACGUUUGUGAACAUCAUCAUCACGUUUAAGACACUGUCAGUAAUAAAUGGCAGCCUGAAUAGCAAUAUUACGUUUAAAAUACUGAACUGCAUAUGUAAUGGCAGUAAUAAAAACAAAUACACUGAACAAUGUUUACUGCUGGCCAUGUCCACUUUGUAUAAAGCAAAACAACAGUGGUGUAUGUGAAAGAUCAAUGACCAGACUUCCUUUUUAUUAUAUACUCGUGGAAAAAAGUUCCUGUGCAUGUAUUGCAGGAAUGUGUUUUAGCGGUAAUGAAGGGAAAAUUAAAUUGUUUUCAAGAAAUUAUUUAUUGGUCAUUCAUAGUUAUUAUAUGAAGAUUUACACAAUUAUGGUGUGUCAUAACAUUUGUCAAAUUUCAACAAUUCACAAACUUAUCAAGUUGGUUUGAGAUCAUAUUAUUUGGUGCACAGGAACUUUUUUUCACAAGAAUUUUACUUUACCUGUAUGCAGCAUUCUGUUUUAUUGCCUGUGUUUCUACAAUAAUCACAUUUAAUCUCUAGUGCCCUAACACAAAAAGCCAAUUAUUAUUAUCAUGCCAUAUUUUUAGUUAAGUCUUCAAGCUUCAAUUCAGCUAAGAAAUUUAAAGUGGAAAUUGAAGUAUUUAAAUGUCAGUAAAUAUUGAUUCAUUGGUGUCUACAAUGAAACUGUGAUUGCAAAGGCAACUAUACAUGUAUGUGGAAUAAGUAAUUUAGUAUGAUAUUGCUUCUCGACUGUUAUCAAGAACAAAACAUUAAAUACCAGUGGUGUGCAAAACUGUUGCAGGAAACUAAGCUUCUGUUCAAAAUUACUUAAUAUGGUAUGUUUGAAGAAUGUGUGGUUGUUUUAACUUUUUAUUUUAUUUAUUGAAAUAAUGAUUUGUAUCUUUUUCUCAUUUGUUGUGACAUUAUCCUUGUCUCUUGUCCAACCAUUUUUGACAAUAUCUUCUCUUUAUAUAUAAGUUAAAAUGUGAUGUAUUUCUUCAACAAAAUUAUUAAGUUUUUUCAGAUACAAAACUUUAGUCUGGAUAAAACUUUGGUUUUACCCAGAUUUCUAAAAGAACUUCAUAUUGUAUUUGUUUUCUCAAGUUAACCUGACAUUUCAUAUCUGUGCAUUUCUAGACUAUGCAUAAGAAAGAGAGAAGAGGUCUACAAAAUGAUACAUUUCACACAAUGAAGAAAGAUAUAGUCAUUUGAUUGGCUGUUGGGAUAUUUUGACAGGUCAAAGGGGGUGACAGAAUGGGGACUGUGUAUAUUGCACCUAAAUGAGAGAUCAGGUUACAUAUUCAUGAAGAAAAACUUUAAAAGUUGGAAUAAUUGUUUUGACUACGCAAACAAAUUCAAGCCUGCACUUCAUGUGUUCGUGGGUGAUUAGUUUUGGUAGAAAUAAGCAGUAAACCUAUGCAGAUCAUUUUGUAAAGAAGGCAGAGAUCAAAAUAGCAUUAGACAAAAAAAAAAAAAAAAAAAAUCAUAAAAACAUUGCUAUGGUUGCAAUGAACUUGUCAUUAAAUAAAAUGGGACUGAAACAGUUUUUGGGCUCUGUUAAAAGUUUGAUAAACCAGAAAUAGCCAUAGGUUAUUCAUCCGACAUUACUGGUUUUAGUGGAAAAAUCCAGUUGAGCUUAAACAUUUAAAAAAUAAAUAGUUCUUUAAAAGUCCUUUGCCUAUACAAGGUAUUUGAAAUAUGAUUUUGUUGCUCACUUUACAAUAAAAACUAUGAAAGUUAAUUUAAAUUCAGAUUAAUUAAUUAUAUGGAGGUUUAUAAUUUCAAUUCUGUGUGAAGUAGUUGUACAGUUUGCAAAUUGAGGUUUUUGCCCUUUAUUUAUCUUGCAUCAAUCUGUUAUUCUUAUAUCUCUACUCUAGUUUGUUCAUUCCAUCCCUUGCAUAUAUACUUUUAAUGGGAUUAUCAUGUUCCAACAUUGUUUUCAUGGUUAUUAAAGACUUGAAUGCAUAGCAUUUGUUUGAUAUAUUCAUCAUUAUUAAUUUUGCAUAUUGGUAACUUGUCCAUCCAUUUUUUUUUCUUAACCUUGAAAUAUAAAGGGGGGGAAAAAGCCAUUGUUAUUUACAGUAAGCCACUUAAUGUAACAUAUAAAUAACCGACAAUCCUUAAUUGACAUGCUUUAUUUAUUCAGGGAAGUAGAAAUUUAAGGUUUUACAAGGUUGCAUGUUUAGCUUUUUACUACAAAUUGCAGUACAUAAUUGUAUAAAAAAUACAAAACGUUUAUAUUAAGCAAAUGCCCAAUACAAAAUUCCACUAGUCACCUGGACUAAUCAAGCAUACUAUUUUCACACAAGUUAUUAAAGAUGAACACUAAGAGGCGUAUUUAUAAGUAAAUAAAUAUUAUGCUUUUGUAA